AUGCCUCCUCGACAGUCUCUGCCAAAUCCUUACUAUUUCGACAUCCAGCUCAAAAUCCACCAAAUCAUCAUCCUCAGCUGUCUCGGCAUCAGUGUGGCCUGGACCGCAGAUGUAUGGUCCGCGUCGCCACAACUGAGCGGUGACGGCUGUUUUGUGUUGAUUAUCCUCUGCGCUUUGAUGAUCGCGCAUUUCGAAAUCAUUUGUGAUCGUAUGGAGACUUACGAGAAUACUGUUCAAGACCUCGACUGGCACGCUGAGCAUGGACGGCCAUCCUCGUCGUCAACUCCAAUGCCGCCGACAUGGGACGAGCCGGUGCGCCUUGCUCACCCGGUCGCUCUGUAUGGCUAUGGGACCAUGAGACUAGAGUCUCGCACUUUGUAG